GAUAAGAAUCCGCUGGUCGGCGUGAAGUCGGUGGCAGCCACCUGGCGACGCGCUGCAGAACCCCCGCAGGCUCCCCCGAAGCGAAGAGAAAGCAGAUUGGCGGGCGGCAACGUGGCGUCACCGCUGACGUCACUGUUUUCCUUCGCCAUCUUGGCAUUUGAUGAUUACCAGAUUUUUCGGAAAGAGGGGUGUUGUGGGAAAAGCUGCGCGCACGUACUCACGACACCGGCGGCGGCGCACAGUCAGGGGGCCCCCGAUAUCUGGAGUCGCGUCGGGGAAGCUCGUGCGGUGGUGGGGGUCGUGCCAGCCUGUUGUCAGUCUGUCCGGCAGCAGCAGCCCAGCGUGAAUCAUGUCCAAAACGUCGGGACAGAGCCUCAAUGACCGGCUCAUGGCAGCGAGGCACACCAUCGCUGGCCAAGGCCUCGCCAGGGUGGUUUGCAAGGCGACCACCGAAGAAGUCAUCGGCCCCAAGAAGAAGCAUUUGGACUACCUACUGCACUGCACCAACGAGCCGAAUGUGUCGAUCCCGCAACUGGCCAACCUGCUCAUUGAGCGUGCCCAGAACACCAACUGGGUGGUGGUCUUCAAGUCCCUGGUCACAGUGCAUCAUCUCAUGUGUUAUGGCAAUGAGAGGUUCACACAAUACUUGGCCUCCAGUAACUGCACGUUUCAGCUCGGCACAUUUGUCGACAAGACCGGCGUACAAGCGGGCUUCGACAUGUCGACCUUCAUUCGGCGGUACGCCAAGUACCUGACUGAGAAGGCGGUCUCCUACCGCACGGUCGCAUUUGACUUCUGCAAGGUGAAGAGGGGGAAGGAAGACGGCACCCUGCGCACCAUGCCGACAGACAAGCUUCUCAAGACUGUGCCUGCACUACAGAGUCAACUGGAUGCUCUCCUAGAGUUUGACUGCACAGCAAAUGACCUCGUCAAUGGGGUGAUCAACUCUUGCUUCAUGCUUCUGUUCCGAGACCUGAUUCGGUUGUUUGCCUGCUACAACGACGGCAUCAUCAAUCUACUUGAGAAGUACUUCGACAUGAACAAGAAAAACUGUAGGGAAGCUCUGGACAUCUACAAGAAAUUCCUCAUCCGCAUGGACAGGGUAGCAGAGUUCCUCAAGGUCGCCGAGAAUGUAGGCAUCGACAAAGGAGACAUUCCAGAUCUGACCAAGGCACCCAGCAGUCUGUUGGAUGCCCUGGAACAGCAUCUGGCUGCGCUGGAAGGCAGGAAAGGGGCCACAACCAGCACUGCCUCCUCGAGGGCGAGCAACCUGCAGAGUGCGGUGACGGCCCUGUCGUCCACCAGCAGCGCCUUUGGCUCGGCCGGCGGGACGGGCAACGAGCCGAAUGGGGUGCGGCUGGACGAGGCCAGCGUGCGCAAGGCCCUCGAGGAGGAGGCCGCCAUCAUGAACCAGCUCAAGUCGGAGGUUGCCGCAGCAUCGCAGGACCUCUCCUCGAGUGACUUCAAGUGGGACGAGUUGGAGCGCCACCUGAAGGAAUCAGGAGGACACGCGGGCGACGGCGGCACGAGCACCAACCCGUUCCUGUCGUCUCCGUGCGACGUGCCGCCGGCCGCCUCGGGAGAGGCCAUCUUGGAUCUGUUUUCGUCGGGGGCGGCGGAACUGUCGGGGGCAUCAGGAAAGGCGAGCGACGACCUGCUCUGCUUGGGCAACCCAUUUGCGGAGGCCGGUGGGGCCGCCGCAAGCGCCUCCCCAUUUGCCGCCGACCGCAUCCAGUCUCCGCCCCUGCAGUCGCAGCAGGCCUUUGCCCAGUUCACUGCCAACGGGUUCAUGUCGAAGCCGGUCACAACGCCAUCUGGUCCGGGGGUCUUUGCGUCGGAUGCGUCGUUCGCCGCUGCCUUCGGAGGUUCCCCUUCCACAGGCAUGGACUCCUUUGGAGAUGUGCUGCAGCCAAAGCAGACCGCCGCACCCGUGGGAACCCAGAGGGCCCCCGAAAGGCCCGCUGCAGCCCCGGCAACGGCGGCAGCUGGUUCUGGGGGAUUGCUCAAGGGAGACCUGGACUCUACCCUGGCCAGCCUGGCACAGAACCUGGACUUCAACGGACCCAAGCAGGCAGCCGUCCGCAAGACGUCUGGGGCGCACCAGUGGGGCUCUCCGAAGCCUGCCUCCAAGACCGGCGGGAACAACUGGAUGCCGGGUAGUGCCCCCGGGUCUGUGCCGGCGGCAGUAGCGGCCCCCGCCCAAGUGCCCUGGGCGGGCUCUCCGCAGCACAUGUUCCAACCCGUGGCGGGUGCUCCGGUGGCCCCCGUGGGCCAGUGGGGUGCCAUGGGAGGAGGCAUGAUGCUCAGCUCGGGGGGCUUUGCCCAGCCCCAGGCCCCGAUGAUGCCACAGCAGGCCUACCAGAUGGGGUCUAUGCGGCCCAUGGGCCAGCCCCUGGUGGGUGGCCCUGCGAUGGGUCAGCCCAUGGGGGGCCUCUUUCCCCAGGCUGGCAUGGCGCCCCAGGCGGGGGGCAUGCCCCAUGCGGUCAAUGACCCCUUUGGGGCCCUCUGAAGGGCUCAGGUCUGCAUCCCGGUGAAGAGCAACUCCGUCAAGCGAGGCCUGGGGUUGGAGCGGUGCCUGUCCACCACCCGGAGUGCAGUUCCCUUCCCAGCAGAGCGCCACCCAUCGAUUGCCGCCAUGGCGCAACAUUUUUCUCUCUGCGUGUGCUCUUCAUCUGGGGGCCUCCUCCCGUGCGUCUUUUCACCGUGCGUGUGCGUCUUAUCUGUUGUUUCUGAACCCCAGAGAGAGAAGAGGAACUCGCUUUCUUCGUUGUACAUGUUAGGAGGUGUAUGUGAUGCGGGAAGGUUCCAAGAACGUGCGGGCUGUAAUCCCAAAGUUUGGACUCGGUUGCGGUGGGAAGGGUCUUUUUUUAUUUCUCGCGAAAUAAAUGCGGCACGUCUGGUCCGGUUUGUUAGGAGGGCCGCCAAGACCGGGCGUGCCCCCGACAGAUCUGGAGCCACCUUUUUUUUUUUCUCGAGUCCAACUCUGCUUUCCACACCUCGCAAUCGUCGGAGACAAAAAAAAAAAAAAAAAAAAAAAGAUUGGCUUGCACAUUGGCUAGUCACAUAGCUUCGAGACAUCACUGUUAGAAACUUGGAGACGAUUGACCGCGAAGGGCCAUCAAGAAUCAAUGUGUCGAGAGGCGAGGCGGUGGUUUGGCGAGUUUCGGUGGAGAGUUGUGUGCUUUGCUUCCCGUAAAAGGCUUUUUUUUAUUUGUUGUUUCUUAAGAAACAGUGACAAUUUUUUUUUUUUUCCCACAGUAUUGUGUUGUUUUCUAGAGUGCUUCCUUUCCCUGGGACGAAGGUAGUUAUUUAUGCGCGGCGCAUGUGAAAGCACACGCCGCGGUACGAUGUAGUACGACUCCCUCGAAUAACUUGUUGUGUACAGUUUUUCCAGUUUUGCGUGCGUGCGUCUGCAUUCGCUGUAUAGAGGGAGUUUGUGGGUGUACAUAUCGUGCGACGGGAUUGCCCAAAGGCGCGGUUGAUUUAUGUCUGUAAAUUUCAGUCGCGUACGUUUUUGUCUAUUGUUCAGACAUUGCUUUACCUCCCCAACCUCCACCCCAGCCGGUAUAUAUGAAUAUAUAUAUUAAAUAUACAAUACAUUCCAUAUGUUGUUGAAUGUUCUUUUCUUUUUUUUUUUAUGUUUGGUAGACCCUUGCUAAAAGUCCUAUAGGAGAUUUCUGAGAUUAAGAGGAUGUGUUUGAAGAGGCCAUAGUAGUUUACAAUAAGGGGGCUGGAAUGUGUCGGAAUGUAUUGUGUGUACGUACUAUUUAAGGAACCAGUAUAACGCAAUAGGCAGUGUCCGUGGCUACUGCCCUCCGCAUGAAUGCCCGUGCAACUCUAAGCGCGCUGUCCCACUGCUGUACACUUGUCUGCAUUUUCAGAGUAUUCUCAUCUUGAGCCUCCCCGCGAGGGAGUCGAGGGCUUUGCCACCCCCCCCCACUCGUAUUUAGAACUGCAGAAUAUUUUUUGUAUGCCCCGUUACGGGCAUUUGUUGUUGGCUUUAACUUUUUUCUUUCGUUUCACGUGUACCGUCGUAGACAGCAGUGUGCUCUUUGAAUUCCGUUGCGUAAGGUCCAAACCGACGCUUUCUCGGGAAAAGGCUGUUUAGGAAGUUAGGCACUUUGCUGUGAUGUAUUUGUGGAGCAAAGCCAAAUAAACUUGUUGCCUUAUUACA